GCAGGGAGAGCUGAGCGAAGAGAGAGUUGCGAGGCAAAACGACAUCACGUCACAUGAGCAGCGAUCUGUUUACAAACCGAUGAGGAGAGGAGGAGGAAAGAAGAGCCACAGGCAGCGCGCAAAGCAGGCGUCCGAACACCAUAAUGGAUCCGGAGAGGAAGAGGAAAGCCUUUCAUGACAAAGCAGCUGGGAGACAGAAAGGAUGAACCGGAUGCUCGCUGACUUCCUGCAGACAAACGCAGACACACCGAGUCUUUGUCUGGGUUCUUCUGUCCAGUGGAUGAGCAGAUGGUUGGAGGGUUAGUGGGUUCCCUUCUUCCUACAUACGCACAUUCUCGGAGCUGAGAAGACCCCUCCAGCAGAAGACCUGACCCGCUCGUAGGAUUUCGUGGACCAGGGUUCAUGAUUCUUCUGUCUGGGUUUGAGGAGAGUUCGAAGAGCUCUGGGGAACAACUACCUGACGCAUGAGAUUUGAGUCCGAACCCCGCUGGAAAACAGAGACUUGGGUCCGAUUCAGCGUUACGCACUGUGAGUUUUGACGGUGGACGGCCCUCAGACUGGUGUCCAAGACAAAAGGACGAUGAGGCGUGUUGCCAAGGAGGGGUCUUCUCUGUCGUGAGGAGCCACACAAGGUCAACUCCGGUCUGACUCCCCCAGUCUCCAGAUCUCUUGGGACGACUAAUCCAGAUCUGGGAAUGCUGGACAGCACCGACCACUGAGCCAACAGAACUGCCCUCCCCUCCCCCCCAGGGCUUUGUGAAAUCUUCACAAAUCUUCCCAACAUCUGAACGGUCCCUCGUUUGAGAAGCUAGCUGAGGUUCCAGACCUUGACCCUCCUUGCUGGCUGUGGCUCCAGAUUAUCUGGACAGGCUCUGAAUCUACUGCACUGGGAAUCUAAUUUCAAUGGUGCGACGGCUGUCUGUGUGGUAGUGUGUUUAGGAUGACGUCGGAGCCUAUCUUCCCGUCGGAGCCUGUCUUCCCGUCGUACCACCUCCCCCUCAACGUCUACGUCAUCGUGCUCGGGAUCGGACUCUUCGUCUUCAUGCUCAGCCUCAUCUUCUGCUGCUACAUCUUCAGGUUGAAGCAGCAGGGGCCCAGGGAGCAGUUCAGCUACAAUGAGGUGGUGCUGAAAGGAGCAGGCAAGAAGCUGAGCCUACUGGGGCAAACGUGCGCGGUGUGUCUGGAGGAGUUUAGGACCCGGGAUGAGCUGGGCGUCUGUCCCUGUUCGCACGCCUUCCACAAGAAGUGCUUACUGAAGUGGCUGGAGAUCCGCAGCGUGUGUCCGAUGUGCAACAAGCCCAUCCUCCGCCUGCAGCCGGAGCCCCCACCGGAGGCCAAUCAGGACGGGCCCCUGGACCCGGAGGAGGUCUAGACCAAUCCGGAGGGGCCCCUGGACCGUAGGAGGUGUAGACCAAUCAGGGGAGGAGGGGGCGUAGCCACCAGGACCAGGCUCCGCCUCUUAAGAACAGGAGCAUUCUAAUGAUUCCAGAUGAGAUGCUUUACAUCUUCUGGAUUUAUCUUUGUUGAUUGGAUCGAGUGGCACCUCUUAGCGCUGGUCUCCAUGGUGACCCCAGAUACGGACACGCCCUCCUGGACUUUACCUUCAUUGACCAAAUACACAAAAGACAUUGAUGGACUGGGAGGAGAGGGUUGUGGAUCUCGUCCCAGUGAUGGACUUGGAGUAUCGUUGGGACAACCCAACAGGACCUGUAGGGAGAGGGGUGGGGGGGAUAUAGGACUGUGGGGGGGGGGGGGGUUAAAGAAGUGGUAUGACGCCACCAGGUGUGAGUGUGAUCAGCCGUCACAAGCCUGUACAUCUGUGCUUUAUCACAAGUGGGCGUGUCUAGCUAAACGUACGCUGAAUCAGCCUACCAGCCUACCCAGCGGCAGAUGUUGCCGCUCGUCCAUCCAUCUAGGUGGUCACGCCCACUUGUGAUGUCACCAGAACAAAGGAAAAGGCGGGUUUUCACUGUGGCGACGUCACGUCACGCUUUAACAUCAGCCAGCACAAACCUUUCAUUUACCCUCUUCACUUCGUGCCACAUACGGACAUCCUCUCAAUACUGCCAACGAGGAAGAGGAGCAGGAGGAGGAAGCAGGUGGAGGAGGAAGAAGGAGGAGGAGGAAGAAGGAGGAGUAGGGGGAAGGAGGUGGAGGAGGAGGUGGAGGAGUAGGAGUGUGUGAUGUCAGCAGUAGAUUCUCCAGGCCGGUGUAGAAGUCUCGCUCUCGCUACGUUCGUUUACUUCAGAGAGGCCGAUUGCGUGUUAGUCUUGCAUUCGCGUGUGUUACCGUACGUAAACGUGUCCUUAUAAAUAUAUAUUGUUAUUUUGUACUUGUUGCUUUUAAAAAUAAAAAGUCAUGUCAUUGCAAUGAUAGAGGAAACAACAAAA